UUGUUUAUGAAUUACUUCCCUUGUAAAAACACAAAUUCACAACGUGUUUUGCCUGUCAUUUAUAAUGAGCUAGUUUGUGCUAAUUAUCAUUUAUGAUUUAAUUGUGUCACGUUAUAAGAUAGCAGGUUUUAGAUAGUUUCUUUAUAUGCAGCUGAGAUAGUUUCUUCAUAAGGACCUGUGGUUGUUGUAUUAGAUCUAGUAUACAACUUUACAGAUAAAGACGUUUGUCUACCAACAACAAAAAAAAGUAAAAUAGGAACAUACAAAGCAUUGUCAAUAAAAAAAAUGGCAGAUGAUGAAUAUGAGUGGCAACCACCAUCAGAAGCCGAGAUGAAGAUUAUACAGGCAAGGAGAGAACGCUCUGACAAAAUCAGUAAACUUAUGGGAGACUAUAUGCUGAAAGGUUACAAGAUGCUGGGUAUAGUCUGCCAAGAAUGUUCCACAAUACUGUUACAAGAUAAACAAGGUGUAAAUUAUUGUGUGGCAUGUAAGGAGUUGGAUACAGACACUGAUAAAGAUGACCCAGUAUUAAGUAGAGAUGCUGCAAGGUCUCAGAUAAUGGAAGGAAGUGUGGCAGAAGAUGAUGAUACAGACUUGUCCUUCAUGAGGAGACAAGAUCAAACAACCAGUCCAUCACAUCCUCAACAAGAUUUACAGAGAGCCAUUCCACUAUCCAUGGCAACUGUGACAUCAUCAAAUGUGACGUCAUCAGUAUAUCCUAGCCAAUCAGCUCAAAGUAGUUCAAAUUUGAAAUUUAGUGACACUGUAGAUACUUUAUGUCAGAAGAUAAACUGGGCAACUGAGGAGUUAAAGAAAGCCUCAAGUGUAGAUUAUUGUGUUAAUCUCUGUCAACUGAUUAAAUCCUCCGCAGAAGCUUUACAAAGUUUAAAAAGUGUUGACUGAUUUUUUUUUUGUAUUUCUAAUUUUACAUUCUUACAGAAUUCUUGAGCAACAUAAACGUACAUGACAAGUAAAAACAUAUUUAGCAUCAGACUUUGGCAGAAGCUUUAGGAAAUUUUAAAAAUGUUGACUGAUAUUUUUUUCAUCUUCCUUAUUACUAAGGUUUAUAUUGUUCAUAAAGAAAUAAUUUUUUGUUUUACAUUCUUAAAGGAAUCCAUAGUGAGAUAUGUAAAAAUAAAAAUGAUACAAAUACUCUGCUGAAAAGGAAACACGUUUUUAGCAACAGAAAAAAAGGUGUUAUGUAACAAAAAAGGAACUUGUAUAAACAGGAACAAAUAGAAAUGAAUUGUCAAAGCGGAACAAAUGAAUUUACUUACUACAAAAAUACAUUACAUUUUGUAUCAGUCAAAUGUUUUUACAGAAAAAUAUCAAUAAAGGCAUUUGACUUAAUUCCCUAUGUAUUUUAAAUGAUGUGAUUGAUCUUUAAUAUAUAGGAAUCAAAAGUUA